AUGAGCAUUCAGUUGGAUGACGGCGGCGGCUCGUCUACGUUCCUCUUUAACACGAGUACUGCUGAUGUCGUUGGAGAUGGCUACGACGCUUUGGGUAAUCAGUAUAUUGUUCUAAGGUUCGUGGCAUAUUUAACACCCUCGUACAUGAAUUGCUUCUACAUCUUGUUCGAGACGUACUGUACAUAUUCAUCUACCUCAUGCAUGACUUAUGGCUCAGCUGCAGUUCCCGCAGACGUUGGAGAGAUUAACGCUAUUAGCUGUUGCCGCAUCGAUGGCCUUGUUGGCGGACUAGAUGAUUACGCGUUGGAUGACUUUCGCUUUGCCGUGAACUAUGUCCCCGGCGUGAGUUCGUCAAUCGUCAUCCAAGCGCCGGCCAUCAUGCUCAUUGACAAAGCAACGAGUUCAGGGGGCUACAACUACACCUUCGUGCCGGCCAUCAGCUCCCACGGGGCGUCCAUCAGCUGCUCCAUCAACACGAACCUCGCCGAUACAGUUCCUGGGGAGCUAACUGCUUCGACAGUAUCAGGGGGAUGCAGCUGCCGGAUACCUACCUACCUAGAUAGCUACCUACUAGGUACCGUACUGAUACGAAAGGUUCGCGCCACACCUUUCGCGGGUACCCCAAAAAUAUAG